UGACCCGGCUGAAUGAGACGCACCUGCACGUCGGACCGGGAGCACGCUGCUCUCAUUAGCACUAGGAGUUUCGUCGUUGGUUUCGAGUUUUCUUGAUCUUUCAUUUUGCACCCAACUCGGUCGCAGAGACAGUCGAAACCCUGGGUCCUCUACGCGUCAGCACCACCGAACAGAUGGACCAAAUAUCCAACCGGUCCGGAGUAGCCAGCGAUGACGUCACAGACGAGACCGCAUCUCUGGUGGACCUCCGGUGGAGCUCCGAUGAGGAGAGCUCGGACCCUCAGGGCCAGUGCAUGGCUGCGCCUCAGGCCCCCGUCACCACCUACAAGCAGAGGUUUGAGGAAUUCAAGAAGCUGUUCAAAGAGCUGCCGGAGUUCGAGCGGCUCAUAGUGGACUACCCAUGUGCCCUCCAGCGAGACAUCCUCCUUCAGGGACGCCUCUAUCUCUCAGACAACUGGCUCUGUUUCUACAGCAAUGUGUUCCGAGGGACAAAGAUUUCUCUGAUGCUUAAAGACAUUGUGAAUGUGACGAGGGAGAAAACGGCUCGGCUCAUUCCCAACGCCGUCCAGAUCUACACCAACGCGGAGAAGUUCUUCUUCACUUCCUUCUCGGCAAGAGAGAAAAGCUACCAGGCGGUUUUCCGCAUGUGGCAAAGCGCGCUGGUGGAGAAGCCUCUGACCAGCUCGGACUUCUGGCAGAUGCUAAAGCAGCACUAUGGGCAAGACCUGGGCCUGAGCCAUGACGAGAUGGAGAGCUUGCAGUCAACAGCAGAAUCGAGCCUGACCGACGGGUCGGGGAAGGUGGAGCGGACCCCCUCGGGCCGCACGUCCGUGGCGGAGCACGCACCCCUCGAGGCCUCCACGCCCCAAGGGGAGGACCUGCCCUCCCCCUUCACCCCCCCGUCCUCCGCCACCACGGAUGACUCCCGCAACACCCCGUCUCAGAGGCGCAGUCCCGUCCCGUCGAUGGACCGCCUGGCGCAGGAGCGUCUGUCCAAGCGCUCGGCGCUCUCCCUCGACCUCAACGCCAACGAGAACGGCGUGUCUGAGCUGAGCGGGUCCGAAAGCCUGGAGGAAGUGGAGGAGCGGGUGGGUUUGUCCCAGGUGCAGGGCCGCCUCUAUUUGAACAAGGUUUUCCACAUCAGCGCCAACAAGAUGUUCGAGCUGCUCUUCACCGACUCCGGCUUCACCCGCAGGUUCAUGAGCGUCAGGAAAAUAACCAACGCCAGCUUCACGUCGUGGCAGAAGGACGGCUCUGGAAACAUGAGACGGAGUCUGAACUACACGAUAACAAUCAGCAACCCUUUGAUCGGCAAGUUCUCCACGGCGACGGAGAACCAGACGCUUUACAAAGAAUCCAGGGAUGGUCAGUAUUACCUAGUGGAUUCAGAGGUCUACACUCACGACGUCCCCUAUCACGACUACUUCUACACGCAGAACAGAUACUACAUCAUACGUAACUCGAAGCGGAAGUGUCGGCUCAGGGUUUACACGGACGUGAAGUACAAGAAGCAGCCAUGGGGCCUGGUCAAGUCCUUCAUCACCAAGAACUCCUGGAGCGGCAUCGAGGAUUAUUUCAGGGAGCUGGAAGCAGAACUGCUGGAGGAGGAAGCGGAGAUGACUCAGGGAGGCGGCGGCGACGCCGGGAAGAUGGGCGGCCUCCGGCGGAGGAGGCGGACGUACAGCCGCACUCUGCAGGAGCACAUGAAGCCCAACAAGCCGUACGGGCAAGACCCCGAGCAGCACCGAGAUGGCAGCAUGGGCCCCAUAGAGAUGAAAGACUCCAGAUGGAACACAACCACUAUAGUAGCUGGGAUGAGUGUGAUAUUGCUCAUCCUGACUGUGCUGAACCUGGGCCUGUUCUUCAAGCUGUGGGCCAUGGAGGAUGUCGCCCACCGCAUGUACCUGAGCACCAAGCACCGGCUCAGGGAGCGGAACGAGGCCAGGUUGGCCCCAGAAUAUGGCCCCAGGCCGGACCCUGGGUUCAGGACGAGAGAAGAGAUGUACCUACUGAAAAAUGUACUGCAGGACUCCAUCAACCUUUUAGAACAGCUCCGCAGCUCUCUGGUGGCUCUGCAGCAGAACUUUGCUCUGACCAAUCAAACUGCAACGGCGCAGUGAUGCUGAGCGCCCGCUGGCGGAACCGGAGGAACCUAAAGGUUCUAGUGCUGAGGAGCUCCCUCCCGUAUCCAGUGAUGUUUCCACGCAGACGUUCCCACAUCCCUGACGUGCUCUGUGUUGUCAAGGGUUACACAUCCCAAAGCAUCAGGCGCCGGGAUGUUUUCAAGACAUCAGACUGACUGCUGGGAGGGCAAAGUUACAUCAGUCGGCCACUCUGGGGGCAGUGGGUGCAGAUUUCUGAAGGAUUCUCUUUUACUGUAGCAUUAGAUUUCAGCAAACCCUCCUGCCUAGAUGAGCCUGAACCCACAAAUGUUAUACCUACCUUGAAUUUAGUUUUAUCUUUGGGAAUUCAUAUUUAAAACAAUUUUAUCUAUUCUAUUGUUUGCACAGAUGCCUGGUAAAUAAGGCUGUUUUAGUUUGUUUUAUUUUUUUUCUGUCAAUAAACAAAAGUAACUUAAUUUCAGAUGUUUCUCUUCUGUAACUAGAAAAUUUCUAUUUAUAAAGGACUGGCUGCAACUUGAAAUGUACAUUAAAAUCUUUUUUAUAUGCUUUAUCCACCGCAACUAGUGUGUAAAUACGCUAGACGUUUCUCAAAGCGCAUUUAGGUUAAUUCAUUAGCUUCCAGCUUUUCCAAAUGAAGGUUCAUCUUCACGUGGUGAUGUGUUUCUAUAUAUUUAUAUAAUUCCACACUGAACUGAAAAUGCACAAUUUAGUUGGACUUUAACUGUUUUAUUUUGUUGGAUGCUCAGUGGGCUGAGCUCGUUGCCUCAUUACACUCUGAACACUAGACACAUUAUACAUUUUUUGUAGGCAUGUGCACAAAAUUACUUGGACUUUGUUUUAGAACACGCUGCUUCCAUCUUUGGAUUAUAAAAUUUAAAGGCA